AUGCCUCCUCCGACAACCCCCUAUGACAGGUUCAACCUCGAGCAGACCAUCACCAUCUGGGGACAAUUAGACCGGAUGCAGGUUCAAUUCGAGUCUAACCUUGGGGACGCCCAAGACGAGAUCAAUGCGCUGACUCGGCAGCGCCAGGCAACACAUGAUCUGGCGCAAGCACAAGCAACAGAGAUCUCGCGUCUCCAAGGUCAGCUGGCAGCCUAUCAGGCCAUCCAACACUCGCAGCCAGGACCCGCUGCCAUCGAGAAGAAGAUCGUCGGGGUAAAGGAUCCCGGCGAUUUUGACGGAGAACCAGGCAACUUUGCUCCCUGGAAGAGCAGAAUGGGGCUAUGGCUUUUCGCCAACGCCUCCGCGCUACCAACAAACUUUGACAAAACCUCUGCCAUCCUCACACGGAUGAAAGGCAAGAUCCCGGCCAAAUGGGCCCAAUACCACAUCGACUUGUAUAGUGACGGGAUCGAGCCAUGGCCCACCGAGAAAGAUAUGCUCAAGCUCGUCUCGGAUGCUUUCCUUCCGAGUUCUACAAAGGACUGGGCUCGGAAGAAGCUACUGGGUCUCCGCAUGGGAGAAAGGAGAGUAGAGGAGUGGCUGGCUGAGUUCUUCAUCCUGAAGGAACAAGGCAAGGUGGAAGACGGUCAUGCGAUCGACCUGCUCAUCAAAAACAUGAGCAACCCCGUCCGAGAAGAAAUAUACCGGGUGGGAGGUCAACACGAGGCGGAUUUCAAAAAGGUGUACGAAGCCACACAUAUCAUUGGAGUCCGAAUCGAGGAAUACAAUAUCGCGAUCGGGAAGAGGAGGGUCAACUACGGGCCGAGGCCGUCAAACACAACGGCAAACUAUCGGGCGACCCCGUACAUGGGGGAACCGAUGAAUAUCGGGGCGACUCAAGCAUCGUCAAGUAGUGGCCCUAGAGGAGGGUGUUUUACCUGCCAAGGCCCACACUUUGCGCGGGACUGCCCGCAAAGGAAGGGCGGAGGCCAGCCACGGCAGCAGCAGCAGCAGCAGCAAGGAAGUUGCCCACAGGGCGCCACGGGACAUCAAACCCGUGCUCUAUACGACCCAAACACAGGUCAGUUAAUCGCGCAGCCUCAGACAGCAGAGGCACAAAACGGUAGCAGUGCUACCCCAUUACGGUGGCAAGCGGCUACAAAGGACAUGGACUUCGAGGCCGCUAGGGCCUAUUUUAAGGACUAUGAAUCUUUAAACGGAUAA